AUGGAAUCUAGUACAGAUAGUGGAUUGAGGUCAAAGGAUGGGCCUUCUUUGGUCUCUAAUAACGAUAUUCCUGCAGGUGCCACAUGUCGUAUCUGUAGAGGCGAAGCAACGGCUGAUAACCCACUAUUUCAUCCCUGUAAAUGUAAAGGCUCUAUUAAGUAUUUACACGAGCCAUGUCUAUUGGAAUGGAUAAAUUCCAGAAAUAUAGAUAUCAAUAAACCAGGAACUUCGGUAAAUUGUGAUAUCUGUCACCACCCUUUCCAAUUUAGAACUACAUAUGUUGAAAAUAUGCCUGAUAAAAUACCUGUUCCUAUACUACUGAAGAAUAUUUUUGUCUCUUUACUGGAUCGUCUUCGUAAAAUUUCAAUUGGUACAAGCGCAAUAUUUGUUUUAGUGGUCGGUCUACCUUUAACAUGGAACUUUUUUGGUAAAUUAUUCACUUUCAUAUUAGAUGGUGAAUUACCUUACCAUGGUAAUUUCCUAAAGAGUGUAAUUUUUGGUUAUAAUGAUGGACCCGUAGUAGAAAGUGUAACUAUUGACAUGAUUUUUUUGAAAUUGUUAAGUAACAUUCAAUUUUCCACUUUACAGAUCAUCUUAAUUGUUAUCUUACAUUUGGCAUUAUAUUUUCAAUAUGACAUGAUAGUUAGAGAAGACGUUUUUAAUAAGAUGGUUUUCCAUAAGAUUGGCCCUAAUAUUUCUAUUGACGAUUUCAAAAAUAGAUUGAAAGAUCGUUUCCCAAUGAUGGAUGAUGAAAUGUUAGAUCACGUGGCUAGAGCAAUGAGAGAACGUGAAAGAAGGGAAAAUCAAGAAAAUGAUGAACAACGUCAUGUGGCUCCGACUGUACCCCCUGCUCCUUUUGCUGUUCCUCAAGAAGAAAAUCAAGAAGAAGAAGAAGAAGAAGUAGAACCAAUCUUCGAAAAUCAUGAUCAUGAUGAUACAUACAAUGAAGAGGAUGAUUUAGACUUUGUACCGAAUGAAAAUGAAACGGAAUCUGAUAUGGAUCAAUUAGAUUCUGAUAAUGAUACUGAUGGUGAAAAUUUCCAAUUUAAUGAAAAUAAUCCAUUUGAUGAAUUAAUGAACCGUCGUGCUCAAAGAAAUUUUGACAAUUUAAUAGACCAACAGAGAGCAAUGAAUAUAAAUAGACCAAAUGCACCAAUCUUCAUACCACCCCAAGCACAACAACAACAACAACAACAACAACAACAACAACAACAACAACAACAACGAGAUGAGGAAGAACAAGAACAAUUACAAGCACAACAGGCAGGUCCAUUGAUGAUCAAUUUCAACUUAAAAUUGGCCAAUAUUUGGCUAUAUUUCAGUGUUGCAAUUGUCAUUUUCUCCUUCUAUAUCUUAGUAUCAUACUUCAUGCCAACUUUCAUCGGUUACGGUUUAUUGCGUGUCUACCUCGCCGUUUUCUUAAUAUUUUAUCGUGGAUUAGUUCAUUUCUACUAUUUUUCCAAAUUUUCUCAACUUUAUCACAUUCUGUUAAAGAAAAUUCCAUACUUUGUUAAUACACAUAAUUUGAUCGGUGAAAAAGUCAUCAAAUCCCUACUCUUCUACUACAAGGGCUAUAUGGAAAAUUCUUUAAGAUCAUCAAUGAUGAUUAGAGCUUUACCAUCACUGACUACAUACUUAACUGCCAUCUUCAUAGUUUGCGCAUCUUCCGAAUUGGUUUGUAGAGGCUAUGGUCGUGAAAAUGGUAUGCCAAACCGUACAAGAAGGUUCAUCUUUCAAAUGCUAUUUGCUCUGAAAUGUACUUUCAAAGUUUUUACUUUGUUUUUCAUUGAAUUGGCUGGUUUCCCUGUUUUAGCUGGUGUAAUGCUUGAUAUAUCUCUUUUUGCACCGAUUUUAAACAAUCCUACCGACUAUUCAUUGUGGGUCCCAAGGCUUGUUCCAUUUUGGCAAAAAGCUUCAUUGAUCAUUUAUUGGUUGAUUGGUACAUUAUACAUGUACUGGUUUGCUAAAUACAUUGGCAUGAUUAGAGAAUACAUCAUUAGACCAGGUGUGCUCUUUUUUAUUAGAUCUCCUGAUGAUCCAAACAUAAAAAUUUUGCAUGAUAGUUUAAUUCAUCCAAUGAAAAUUCAGUUAUCAAGACUUUGCUUAUCCAUGUUCAUUUAUGCGGUUUUCAUCGUCCUUGGUUUCGGAAUACAUACAAGGUUAUUUUUCCCAAUAUUAUUGAAUUCAAAAAUUUUAUCGACACCACCUCCAUUUAAUGUCAUCAAGCAAGCCAAUAUCUUUUCUGCAUUAUUUAUAUUCUACAUUUCAAAAAGAAUUAUCGAGGAAAACCCUAAUGUGAAACUUGCAUUAAGAGAAUAUUGGAUCAAAAUUUUUGAAGUGGCCUCAAGAAGAUUGCGUUUAUCCUCCUUUAUCUUAGGUCAAGAGCACCCAUCAGAGACGGGUCAUAUACUCUAUCGUAAUUCUUUUUACAGGUUUUUGACUCCAGAAAAAGCAAAAUGGUCUAAUCCAGAUCUAUUCACUACGGGGAAAACUGAAGAGCAAGCAAAGAUAUUAUUCAAAGAAAAUCUUUCCAUUCAUGCAUAUUUUAUCCCAGACGGUAUACUAAUGCGUGUUCCAUCUUCCGAUAUUGUAUCUAGAAAUUAUGUCCAGACUAUGUUUGUUCCAGUGACAAAAGAUGAUCAAUUAUUGAAGCCACUUGAUUUAGAACGUAUAAAAGAAAGGAACAGACGUAAUGCUGGUGAAUUUGGUUAUUUAGAUACACAGAACACUGAUUUUGAUGAAUAUUCUAUUUGUUAUGUUCCACCAAACUUCAAAUUCAGAUAUAUUAGUCUCAUAUCUCUAAUGUGGUUCUUUGCUUCUGUUAUUAUAUUAUGUGUUGCAAUAGUCUCCCAGUAUCUAUUCAGUACGUUAAUAACUGUUACUUUGUUACCUGUAUUAUGGUCCAUGGGGGCGGAAUCAGAAUUAUCAUAUCUAAAGAGCUUAAUUUCAACAAGUUAUAAACAGCUCAAUAUUCAUUUCGUUUGUUUUGGAGCUGUAUUAUUAUCAUUUGCUUUAGACUAUUACAAAGCACAUGAACUGUCUAAGCUUUUAUUCAAGGAGCAUGUCGUAAUUGAAGAAAAUCAAGCUCGAAUUCAAGAUGGAGAUGAGGCCGAUGCUGAACACAAUGAUGCGCCAGCCAACGCUGCUGCUCCUGUUCUAGAGCGUCCUGGUCUCUUAGAGUUAAUCUUUGAAAAUUGGUUAACGAAAUAUGUAGUUCAAAUUGCCCUAAUGUGUAUUUCUUCGGUACUGAAAUGGUCAGUUUGGCUCAUGCUGGGAUGGUUCGGAUUUCAUCAAGCAUGUUACUAUAUUUCUAUGAAUAUCUCGAAUUCAGGUUUUAAGCAACUUCCAAAUGUCACAUUCUUCAUUAUAUCGUGUUGUUCCAUUAUUGAUAUGGUCAAUACAGUAUUGAAGUUUUUCAAAGUGGUGACUGAAGCUGGAAAUGCGUCUUGUUUUGAAAUGAUAAAGGCACAAUGGAGAGUUAAUAUUAAGCCCACCUUAAAGUCUCUGAUUGCACUUUUGUCUGUUAUUCUACCUAUUUCUGCAUUCUUUUCCUAUCUAGAAUAUAGGGAAAACAUCGAUAGAUAUAUUUCAUUCACAGAUGCUGUAUUUGAAAUGACUUAUAACAGAAUGGCAGCACAAACUCAAUCAUCCUUCUCAAAAAUCCAACACUGUUAUCAUAUUGUAUUCAUGGUUCUUUUCUUUAUCCAUUCAAUUCAAAGAGCAACUAAGAAUUUACAAAAAUGGUUGGGUACAUCAGUCCAAGAUGUUAAAGACAGAGUAUAUGCCAGCGGAAGAUCGUUGGAAAAUUAUUCUAAUGACGGUGACGCAUAA